UUAAAUGAAAGGCGGAUAUAAAGAGUGAACGACUCUUCUUCUACUUUUAAUAUCCGUUUAACACACAAGAGAAAAAAGAGGGAGAGUGAGGGAGUGUGUGUUUGCUAGAGAGAGAGAGGGCGAGAGAGAGAGAGAGAGAGAGAGAGGGAGAGGGAGAAGUCGCACAGGUUUUUUGGAGCUACGCUUUCAUGCCGUCAGUCUUGCGGACUCUGAGAUGGACGUCAGAUUUUAUCCAGCGCCCCCUUCAAGCGUGGGUUCAUGUACGUUACCGACUGACUCCGGUUUGGACUAUUACCACUCCAACAAGAACAGAUACGCUGCUGCAGAUCGAGGUGUGAGGCUGUACAGUUCCCUGCCCAUGCGCCCGAACCCUGACGGCAAGAGACUGCCCUCUACUGGGUUUGAUGGUGACAACAUGUACAUGAAUGAAAACAACCAUGACUUUCUCCCACCAAACCAGAAUUACACAGGUCAGAGUGGUGGCGGCGGGGGAGGAGGCGGAGGUGGUGGCACAGGCAGUGGAAAUGGAGCCGGGGACGAAGACUAUGAGAUCCCCCCCAUCACUCCACCUAACCACCCCGAGCCUCCUCUUCUUCACCUGAUGGAGCACGAGUCUACAGGCUACCUCUGCCACUCGCUGCAACACAAUGGGCUCAUCAACCCGUAUUCCUACCCCGAGCUGCCCACACUCAUGAUGUCUAACAUGCUGGCACAGGACAGCCACCUCGUCUCCAGCCAAAUGCCCUCGAUGCAGGAGAUGGCUUUGCACCACCACCAACAGCAACACCAUCACCAGCACCCAGACGGCUCUCAUUAUGACCCCGCCCGUAACCACCCCCUGAUAAACAACUCACCUCCGAUACUGCCCAACCCCAUGAGUGCACUGUCCCAGCUAAACCCUCAGGUCAGCCGGAGUGCACUGCCUCAUGGCUCCCCCUCACCUCCCGGAAGUAAAUCGGCCACACCCUCCCCCUCAAGCUCCAAUCAGGAAGAGGAGAGUGAUCCUCAUUUGAAGAUCACGGGUGAGAAGCGGCCGUCUUCAGAGAUGGUGAAGCCCAAGCCCAAACCCCAGAAAAAGAAGAAGAAGAAGGAUCCCAAUGAGCCUACAAAGCCUGUGUCAGCCUACGCCUUGUUCUUCAGAGACACCCAGGCAGCCAUUAAAGGACAGAAUCCCAACGCCACCUUUGGAGACGUAUCCAAGAUAGUAGCCUCCAUGUGGGAUGGACUUGGAGAGGAGCAGAAACAGAGCUACAAGAGGAAAACAGAGGCUGCUAAGAAGGAGUACCUGAAAGCCCUGGCCGCCUACAGAGCCAGUCUGGUUUCCAAGACAUACAAUGACCCCGUGGAGACAAAAAGUGCCCAAACAGGCCAGGCUUCUCCACAUAUGAUGCCAGCCAACCCACCCCUGUACAGCGUGCCACCCCCUCCACAGCCGUCAUCACCCUACCUGGGACCCGGCGCCUUCCCUCUCACCGACCUGCAGAGCUACGCAGGACACGCCCCUCGCCACACGCUCAGCCAAUCGCAGAUGCUGCCCAGCAUUAGUGCCUCUCCCCCUUCCUCCUUCCAGAUCAGCCCACCCCUUCACCCCCACCAGCAGCUGUCCCUGCACCAGAGCUCGCUCCUCAACCAGCCUAUCCGCAUGCAGCAGGUCCAGUCCCAGCCAAUCAUCUCUCACCAGAUGGGGCUGCAGGCCUCUCUUCACUCCCCUCCUCCUGGGCAGCAGGGGUUUUCCCAUCUCCAGUCAGAGUAUCAGAAGAGCAUUGGGGGUUCCCAGUCUCCAGGAGCUCCUGGCCCUGGUCAGGGCCCCGGAGUGGGUCAGAGCCAUGACUGGGACAGUGAAUACUGCAAUCGGGAGUGUGGCAACCACUGCAGUGGCAGCAUGAUAGGCAGGGACAAGCCACUCUACCUCACCUGAAACUGAAGAUCAUACUCCCGUCGACAAAUACGACACAGAGGAGUCUUCUCUCACCCUUGACAUCCCUCCUCCACUCUCUCUUCACUCUUACUUCCCCCACCCUCCCCCCUCCCCCCCAAACCUUCUUCUGAUGGACACACUUACAUUCAAUGCACACUUACAUACAUGUACAUACAUACACACGCAGACACACACACACACACAUACACACACACACAUUCCGCCUCUCAAACACCAUGACCACCACAACCACAACCUUUUUUUGUCAGUGUAACUAUUAUUUCUCUCAGUUUUAGAGGAAUUUGUGACCAGAGUUUUUUGACUAGAUGACUACUGUCUGUACCACUUAAUGUAUUAGCGGUCCUCUUGCUGUUUAAAUUUGCCAAGCACUUAUAAAGUCCCCAUCCCCACCCUCUCCUGCUCCCCACCAACCCCACCUCCUUCUGAGUUGUGUGUCUAUUUGCCCGCUCUGAUACAGGCUGGGCUGUAGAGCACUCCUCUUUGUGUCACCAUCAAAGUCCCCUCAGGGACCCCAUCCAGCUUUAAUUAGAAUGAGAAGAAAAAAAAACUCAUUCUCUUCUUUAAUCAUCUUAAUUUCCUUUUGUUUUUUUCUUUUUUUAUUGUGUUGUUGUUGCUGUUUUAUUUAUUUCUGGCUUGCAAAAUUGUUCCUUUUUUUUUCUUUUUUUGCCAAUAAGCGGUGGGCCCUGUACUGUAGAGAAAUAUUAACUUCUAGUAGGUUCAGCGCAGGCCUUGAUGUUAUGGUAGCUUUGCUUAAGGGCCUGCAAAUUAAUACAAAAAGCUGGGAUGGGGAAAAGAAACAAAACAAAAGAAUCUUUUUUUAAUAUUAAAGACCUGUUGAGGUCUACUGAGCUGUCACAGUGUGAUUGUAAAUAUCACUUUUAUGGGAUCAAAUUGGGAAUUGAAAGUCCAGAUAGAUUUGUUUCUUCUUUAAUAUUACAUGUAAGUCAUUCUGUGCGUGUGUGUGUGUGCGUGCGUGCGUGUGCGUAUGUCUGGACGUUAGAAUGUAACCCAUUCAUGACGCGUGCAGUUGAGUGUGUAUGUGUGUAUGCGCACGGGCACACACUCGCGUGCAAGACUGUCUCAGUGUUCGAGUCUUUCUCGUGAAUUUUAACAGCCUUGUGCAGCUGGAUUUCAGAAGAGUAUUUCACACUCUCGUUCUUGCAUUAAAUCUGUGCUCACUGGUGUGUUUUUUCCAAUAAAGUUCAAUCUAAAACUGAAUACACAAUAUGUGUCCUGCAGAUCAUUAAAUGGAAAGAGCCAGGUGAGAAAUAGAGAGGAAAGAGAGAAAGAAACGGUGUGAGAUAAAAUGAGAUAUAAUGUUGCAGGUAAAAAAAAGAAAAAAGAAAAAAAAGAUAUUGCCUCAAAAUGCCCCCCCACCAUCCCUUUUCUUAUUUUGUCUGACCAUAAUGUCGAUUUUGUCUCCUCGACAUGCAGAAGUGAAGUAAUGAAAUAUGUGAAUGGAGCCAUCACAUCCACAUUACAGUGAUUUUUAUAAGUUUCUAGUUGGUGUUUGGUUGUGUUGAUCUCAUCUUUUUAACUUUUGUGUGAUUAACAGAAAUGCAUUUUGCUGACAAAGACAUGUUUUUAUCUCUUUACUGUAGCAUAAUUUCAGUUUUAGUUGUUACAGAACUAUAACAUUUUAAUUUGUGUAAAAAAAAAAGAAAAACCCUGCCAAUUGUAGUUAUUUUAUUUGUAAAGCCAGUAAUGAUAAAUAUUUUAAAUGGUUAUCAAUAUAUUGUUUUCGCUAGUUGCCCAUCAGCCAUUUGACAGGUUUUCUUAUUUAUGAAAGAAAUUAAAAAUCACUUUUGCUUCUUACAAUGGAGGUGUAUUUUUAUUAUUAUUUUAUUGUUUUCUUUUUCUCUUUUGGUUUGAUAAAAAAUGAUGAUGACCACAACAAUGAUUAUUUCUUUGUUUUUUACAUUUUAGGUGCUGCUCCUUUAUUUUCCUUACCGGCAGCAUCUCUUUGUGUCACAAUGCUUCUUUUAUUUCAAACCUGCAUAAUAAAAAAAAAGUUUAA